AUGAUGACAACUAAUUUUGAAGAAGAGAAUAGAUUGGCAGCCUCAAAACAUUUUUUGAAAAGCUAAGUAUUUUUUUGUAUAAAAUAUUUUAAGAAUUUAAAAAAAAUGUGUAGAAUCAAAGAAGCUUUGAAGGAGGUUAACAACGCCUUAGAUAUUAACCCCGAAUUUGCUGAAGCAUACACUUUGAGAGGUUGAAUACAAUUAAUUAUAUUCUUAGGAGAAUUAUUUAACAGAUUAGAAUUGUAUGAUAAAGGUUUAGAAGAUCUAAACAAGAGUAUAUAAUUAGAUGACAAAUUAAUAGAGAGUUUCUAUUAAAGAGGUAAAUGUAUUAAUCAAGUUAAUAGCAACAAUAUUUUGGAGAUAAAAUUUAUAUAUGAAAGCUAUGCAAGACUGUAAGAAAUGUCUAGAAAUAAAUUCAAAUUUUGCAAAGGCAUAUUGUAGAAUUGGUAUUAAAAAUUUUAAUUUAGGAACCCUUUGGGAGAUUUAGGGGAGAGAAGAAUAAGCUCUUUAGUAAUAUGAACUAGCAAUAAAAGUAGAGAGUGAUUGUUUGUUGGCCUACUAUUAUAGAGGUUAAUUAAGUCGAAUGAUCUUAGGUUAUUUAUACAGUAAUAUUGGUGAAAAUGAGCAAGCAUUAAAUGAUUAUAAUAAAAUAAUACAACUUGAUCCUGCAAAUGCAAUUGGCUACUUCAGUAGAGGUAAAUAAUUGAAACUAAUAUCAGGUAUGUUAAACAAUAAAAUUGGCGAAAAAUAAAAUGCAUUAAACGAUUAUACUCGAGCAAUACAACUUGAUCCUAGCUAUGCAAUGGCCUACAACAAUCGAGGUGAAUUAUUUAAUUUAAAUUAGGUAAUUUAUACAAUACAAUUGGCCAAAAAGAGGAAGCACUAAAAGAUUACAAUUUAGCAAUCCAAAUUGAUCCUCACUAUAUUAUGGGCUACUUAAAUCGAGGUUAAUUAUUUGAAUUAAUAUUAGGCAUUUUAUACAAAGAUAUUGGGAAAAAAGAUGAAGCUUUAAAUGAUUACAAUAAAGCAAUUCAACUUGAUCCUAAAAAUGCACAGGCCUAUUAGAGUAGAGGUCAGUUAUUAAAAUUUAUAUUAGGCAUUUUAUACAAAGAUAUUGGUUUAAAGGAUAAAGCAUUAGACGAUUAUAAUCAAGCGAUUCAUCUUGAGCCUAAAAAUGCACAA